AUGAUAAUGGAAAACGGCGUGAAUAUUGAGAGACAAGUGGGUGAAAGUGCGAAAGUCUUCCUUGAUGAUAAGAAAAUGGGCGGUAAAAACGAUAAGAUUGAGAAUUUUGAGGAUAUUAUCCAUGAUGGUCGACUGUUACAAGAUGACCAAAGAUCCUCCAAGAUGGCUAGAAUUUGCUCAGCAACAACUUUAAGCGCUUCAGAAAGCUCUACCGCAGUCGUCGCCUCUACGCCAGAGCCAUCAGACACUUUGUCCACCCGCCCUUUAUCCUCGGCUAGCACUACUAGUACUCCAACCACUUCAUUAAACGAUAGGUCAUCCUCUUCCGCCUCCAAUAACUCCAAUUCUCCAUUAUUGGAAGCCCCAUCUUCUUUCGAUUUAUACUCAUUACCUCACAAGAAACUUCUUAUUUUAUCUUUGACACCCAUUAUUUCAUCCUUGGCAUUGGUUUUUAUCAUCGGAUUUGGAUUCGAUUACAAGAAACUUCUAAAUUACCAAUGGACUUGCGGGGUAGGUCAAGAGAACUAACCAAAGAGACUGUUUCAAAAAAUGAACCCUCUUCAUGCCUAAAAUUGAGACUAAAGUACGGUAAUCCGUCCUUAGGAACACUUCAUUUCGAAGUUUUCCUUCCACAAUAAUCUCUGAUCUAACCGAAACCCUCUUAACGCCUUAAUCCCGGGGACUUUUUACAACCCAAAAUAGCGCAUGCCCCCGUCGUUUGCUGCUUUAACUACUUGUAACUCGAGUCUUUGAAGAAAGUUCUCCUGCCAUCUCUCUCGAGGAUAAUCAAUUUGCCCAUCGAACGAGUCCUCUGGCAUUUUGGAGUGGUUCUACACGCCGGAUUAAGACCCAUCUACUUGAUUCAGGCAUGUAAGUGACAUCCGAGCCGGGGGAUAACAUCUCUGACCUCCGACUCCAUCCUUGUUUAUGCCCUCGGGGAAGACGGAAGGGUAAUUUAAUAUAAUAAAAAUAUGAGCAGGCCUAUUAUCGCCCGAGGACAUGUGUCGAAAAUCGGCCAUAAAGCUGUUUGACGCAAUCCAUGGGCAAUAAAUAGUAAUAGUAGGAAUAAUAUAUAUGUUAUACUAGUAGCAAUAGUAAUAAAAAUUGUAAUAUUAUCUUAGAUGUCCUCAACCUACGAGUCAAGAAGAAUGUCUCAUAUAAAUGGCUAAUAAAAUUCUUGGCUUUAACAAGUCUGGUCAGUGGAUUCAUUGAGUUGUUGUUUACAAUUGCCCUAACAAUCAUUGGAGAAAGAGAAUCUGGAGGAUUGCAUGUCGUUUUCUUUGUCGGAUUCAUAAUUAGUGCACUCAUUAACUUUAUUUCGAGCACUUUAUGUUUCCGAUUCUCUAAAGUCUUUGAUGAGAAUUCAAAGGUAAGAAAAUCAAAAGAUUUAUCAUCUACUACAACAUAAUUUCUGAUAAUAUUUUAGCUCCACCCGCAUUUCCGAACCCGGAUUACAUUAAUCGUACUUUUGCUACUGUUUGUCCCUACUAUCUUUCUAUUUUUUGUACUUUAUUGGCAAGAAUGCAUUCGAAUUGGUAAGUCAAUAAACAUAUUUUUAAACUUAAAACACGAUUUUUGAAGUCAGGGCGACAGCGGUGGUCUUAGGAAAAAAUCGAUUUUGAGAUUUUUGGCUUAAAAUAGUCGGUAGCACUUGUGGAAGAAAAGCUAAAAAUAUUUUUGCCCAAUUUUGCCCGGAAGGCAUAUUUUUUUACAAAAUACGUUUUUACACUUCAAAGCCUCUGGAGGUCGAUGUGAUCCGACCACAGAGAUCAAACCUGGCAUACAGGGGUUUUUGACACCCAGGAAUCUGAAAAUCGUAGCGUUUUUACCGUCAGAUUACUGUAACAUGGUCAUACUGUAAUCCGGUCGAUAAAAAUCGACGAUAACUUCUUUAGAUCAAAAAUGCCACAGGAUUUUAUUGCAGAUUCGGAAUCAGCAUAAAAUUCUGCUUCGGAUACAUGUAAAAUAUGUUCAAAAUUCCGUGGCCCAACCUCUGUAGUAUAGUGGUUGUGCGCCAUGAUUAUCAAUCUGGCGACCCAGGUUCGAUUCCCGGUGGCUGCAAAUGGCAGAAAAUGGACUAUAAAAGGGCGGAAACUUGGAAAAAAGGGAAAAUAAAUUACAGAAAAUUAAUUUUAUGCUACUUAGGACCAGUUUAAAAGUUUUUGCAAGAAUUCCGCAUAAAUUACGGUUUUUAUAGAAAACGUCUCACAGCAUUCGUAAGAUCGCCCCAAAUGGCAAUUAAAGAGUUCUUGUGAAUCUACAUAACGCUUGCCAUCCGAUGUUCAUCAUAUCCGCCGAGGAAUGCAAUACAAAACAAAAUAAAACAAUUAUUUGGUUUUCAGAUGGAAGCACGCAUGUUACAGUCCCGUAGUUUAGCCUCUGUUCCUUACCAACUAAGUCUCCAUGUAGAUUUAUCAUUAGAGCGUCCACGCGCUCCGUUUUUCGUGGGAUACGCAGAACGGCAUAAGUUUUACAAGCUGUGUGAUCCCGGUGCUGUUAGGGAAUCUUAUAUGACUUUUUGUGAAUCUUAUAUGACUUUUUGGUCAAAUAUUGUUCCGUUCGAUAAACCUCGGCCGCAGCUCGACUUCUUAAAAUCCCGAAUUUGAAAGCAAACCCAAGCUAUCCCAAAAAUUUAACGAAAUAAGCAGAAAUGGACCUAUUUCGUAGUAGGAAGCCUCAGUAACCUCUUCUGUAAAUUUUAACCAGAUUGCUCCACUUUCCGGCAAGCUAUAAGGCGUUUUCCAUAAAAACCGUAAUUUAUGCGGAAUUCUUGCAAAAACUUUUAAACUGGUCCUAAGUAGCAUAAAAUUAAUUUUCUGUAAUUUAUUUUCCCUUUUUUCCAAGUUUCCGCCCUUUUAUAGUCCAUUUUCUGCCAUUUGCAGCCACCGGGAAUCGAACCUGGGUCGCCAGAUUGAUAAUCAUGGCGCACAACCACUAUACUACAGAGGUUGGGCCACGGAAUUUUGAACAUAUUUUACAUGUAUCCGAAGCAGAAUUUUAUGCUGAUUCCGAAUCUGCAAUAAAAUCCUGUGGCAUUUUUGAUCUAAAGAAGUUAUCGUCGAUUUUUAUCGACCGGAUUACAGUAUGACCAUGUUACAGUAAUCUGACGGUAAAAACGCUACGAUUUUCAGAUUCCUGGGUGUCAAAAACCCCUGUAUGCCAGGUUUGAUCUCUGUGGUCGGAUCACAUCGACCUCCAGAGGCUUUGAAGUGUAAAAACGUAUUUUGUAAAAAAAUAUGCCUUCCGGGCAAAAUUGGGCAAAAAUAUUUUUAGCUUUUCUUCCACAAGUGCUACCGACUAUUUUAAGCCAAAAAUCUCAAAAUCGAUUUUUUCCUAAGACCGGGCCCCACUACUGGCUGACGCAGUGACUCAAAAAUCGUGUUUUAAAAAUCAACAAGACAUAAACAAGAUUUAUGGCAAAGAUAACAAAUAAAUAAUAUUUCUUGCAAUCCUCCUUUCAGCCUAUGAAUUCUUUGCCAUUUUCGAAUACCUGACAGUUCUGGUUGUCUACGGAAAUCAUUUGAUGAUUUUGAUGGGCCUCAAAAACUUAGAUUGUAAAGUCAUCAAAGAGUAA